AUGUUGAUGCCUUUACGGCGCCGGCCAUGGGCAUACCCGAAAUGCCUACGGCGCUUACAGUCGCAAAGAGCCUUCGAGACUGCCACCUCGUCCGUCCCGAAUGCAAACCAAUUUGACUCGACACCUACGAGCACAGCUACUCAGAAGCAGGUGGAUGAUGACACGCUGCGACGUGUUUUCGACUCGCGGCCGUUUUGGAGGGAAUUCUCUCAGCGGAGAUCCGGCCUACCUAAGCGUUCUGGUCUGGUUCAGAAUCAAUACCUGACUAGUCCCGACGGUUUCAGGGAAUUCGCCAAUGCAUCGCUGCAGAAAUGCCAGUCGAUAGUGGCGAAGGUUCUGGCGGCGUCUACAUUGGAGGAAUACAGAGCUAUGGCUCGGAAUCUCGAUCGUCUCAGUGAUCUCCUUUGCCGCGUAAUAGAUCUAUCGGACUUCAUCAGGACGAUCCAUCCCGAUAUACGAGUUCAGGAGGCAUCUACACAGGCCUACGCUCUAAUGUUUGAGUACAUGAAUGUUCUCAAUACCACGACUGGUCUUUAUGAGCAGUUGACCAAGGCUGCCUCGAGUCCGGACGUGACUUCGCAUUGGACUGAGGAGGAGAAGAUAGUCGCGCAGAUAUUGAUCAAGGACUUUUCUAAUUCUGCCAUCCACAUGCCGCCGAACGAAAGACAGAGAUUUGUCAACCUGUCUAACGAUAUCAGUCAACUGGGGUCGGUAUUUGCCAACAGUGCCGAACCCGCGAAGUCCCAUGUAGUUUUGAAUGCAAAUAGUCUGCGUGGUCUGGACCCGAUUGUGAUCCAGCAGAUUAAAAGAUGGAACCGGACAGCGUCGGUGCCGACCAUGGGAAUGGUUCCACGGCUUGCUCUGCGGGCUGUGCAUGACGAGAAUGCGAGAAGAGAAAUAUAUCUCGCGACGAAGACGUCGAGCAAAAAGCAGAUACACCGGCUAGAACAGCUUCUCAUGAAAAGAGCGGAGCUGGCCAAGCUGACGGGGUAUCCGAGUUUCGGUCAUAUGGCGCUCAGUGACAAGAUGGCGAGGACUCCGGAGGCCGUAUCCAAUUUCCUCACCUCUCUUGUCGACAGCAACCGAGGACCUGUCCAGGAGGAGCUCUCGAAGUUGCAAAGCAUGAAAGGUUCAUCACCGCUACAACCAUGGGAUCAUGCCUAUUAUGUUCACCGGCGAGUCCUGGAAUACUCACAGGCUCGUAGAUCUCGACUGCUUGGAGUCGUCCCGGAAUUUUUCUCCCUGGGUACUGUGAUGCAGGGCCUGUCACGGCUGUUUGACCGACUAUAUGGAGUGCGUCUUGUCCCACAGGAAACUGCACCUGGCGAGACCUGGAAUCCGGACGUCAGACGACUUGACGUGAUUGACGAAUCGGAGCGGCACAUCGCGGUUAUAUAUUGUGAUCUAUUUACGCGGCCUGACAAGAGUCCGAACCCGGCUCAUUUUACUCUGCGGUGCUCGCGUGAGAUCUCUGCGGAAGAGAUCGCAGAAUGUGCGUCUCCCGAUCACCCGUCCCAUCCCAAUGAUGGCAUGGCCACUGCCAUUGACCCUGAAACCAGGACUCUCCGGCAAUUGCCCACAAUUGCCCUUGUUUGCGAUUUCGCGGAACCUCCAGCAAGUGGAAUGGGACACCCGACCCUUCUCAGCGUACACAGUGUGCGUACGCUGUUUCAUGAAAUGGGGCAUGCCGUCCAUUCGAUAUUGGGUCAGACACCUCUACAGUCCAUCUCGGGAACGCGUUGUGCGACUGAUUUUGCCGAGCUACCUUCGGUGUUGAUGGAGAGCUUUGCCACUGCACCAAAAGUUCUAUCUCUGUACGCUCGCCACUGGCAAACGGAUGAGCCCCUCCCUGAAAGCAUGGACUUGGAUCUCGCUGCCCACGGAUCGAUAUACGGCGCCGUGGAAAACGAAGCGCAGAUUCUCAUGGCCUUAGUAGAUCAAGCAUACCAUUCUUUGCCGACGGAUGUGUCAUCCAUUAAUAGCACUGAAAUCUAUCAUCGGGUCUUUUCCCAGUAUUCCAGCCUCCCUGACCCGGCGGAUGUUCAGCCUCCUACCUCGUGGCAGGGAUUCUUCGGCCACCUCUACGGCUACGGAGCAACAUACUACAGCUACAUCUUCGAUCGGGCAAUUGCGAACAAGAUCUGGCAGGAUGUCUUCAAAUCGGGCAAGGCGUCCGUGGACCGAGAGGCUGGAGAGCGAUACAAGAACGAGGUCCUCCGUUGGGGAGGCGGCCGAAGCGGAUGGGGCUGUGUGGCGGGCGUGCUUGGGAGCAACAACCCGUCUAAUGCCAACGGAAGAUUAGCAGAAGGUGGCGACGAGGCGAUGCGUGAAGUUGGUCGAUGGGGCCUAGGAAGAGAAGGAGUAUCUGAUUAG